AUGUCACAGACGUCGACCUCAACUUGGGAGCGCACAAAGGGCUACUCUAAGCGCAGCUUCGACAAGGCAUGGCAGCAGCUCGACAAGAUCGGCCGGCCAGUCAACCGGCUAUCCAACAAGCUUGGCGCAGAGGCCUUUUGGCCCACGACGCUGGACAAAGAGAGUGACAAGGCGGCACGCAUACUGCGGAGCUUCUGCAAAGAUGGCUUCUACGGGCAGGUCGAUUCGGAAGGGGACCUGGCGAAGGCGGCCGCGGAGGGACAGGGACGUACCUCUCCCGAGAGUGGUUGGCUAUCACGGCGGAGCAGCCAGCAACAAUAUCCCGAAGGCAGUCCCAGGGGUAAACAACGGACGAUCAAGAAGAUACCUGCGUCCGUCAUCAGGCAGGCAAAGGGACUGGCGAUAUUCACGACGAUGCGCACGGGGUUGUGGGUUAGUGGAGCAGGCGGUAGCGGAGUGUUGCUUGCUCGUCUGGCGGAGACGGGGGAAUGGAGUCCGCCAUCGGGCAUUAUGCUACAUACGGCCGGUCUGGGGUUCCUCGUGGGGGUUGAUAUCUACGACUGCGUUGUCGUGAUCAACACGUACGAGGCGCUUGACGCCUUCAAGUCGGUCAGAUGCACCUUGGGCGGCUCGCUGAGUGCAGCGGCAGGUCCCGUUGGGAUAGGAGGCGUACUGGAGUCGGAAGUGCAUAAACGCCAGGCCCCGGUAUGGUCGUAUCUCAAGAGUCGAGGCUUCUACGCGGGCGUCCAGCUGGACGGGACCAUCAUCAUCGAACGGACAGACGAAAACGAGCGGUUUUACGGCGAGAAGAUUGGUGUUUCGGAUAUUCUUUCUGGAAAGGCCAAGAAUCCGCCUCCGUCUAUACGCACACUAAUGCAGACCAUCAAAGCCGCCCAGGGAGAUCAGGAUAUAGACGAACGGAUGCUCCUACCACCCGGUGAAACUCCCGGUGACGCUGAAAUCUCGUUGGCCGGUACCUUUGGAGUGCCCGAGGAGGACGAUCCAGAUCCAUAUGGCGUCAAGGCCCUGGAGCGAGAAGGUGUCAUGAUCCGCGAAGCUGGCACAAAACGGACUCCGGCUCUCGAUGUGUUUGACUUCCGGCCCAGUCCCACCAGCCCCAUCAGCCCGCGGUGGAGUGGUAGGAGCAGUUGGCGGUUCAGCACGCAGAGCACCAUGAGCACCGACAGAGGGACGCAGACUAAUCUCCACGAGGUCGAACCGGCCCGGAGUCCAUCGUCGGUCAGCCGGGCAUCAUCUCACAGUCUUAAGGAUGUCUCUUUCUCUAUACAUGAGCAUACAGCGUCAGAUACAGACCACUCAUCCACCGGCGAACCUGACCCGGCCUGCAUCCCCAUCCCAGCCUCCACCACCACAUCACGACCUCAAUCGAUAUCCCCCAAGGUCCCCGAAGCCAUCCCGGAAUCUCUACCCGAGUCUAUCCCCGAAUCUAUCCCGGAGUCCUUCCCAGAGGCCGAAAUAGCAGUCGCAGUAGCAGAGCACGCUAUCCCGCAACAGAUCCAUUCCAAGAGCCCGCCCUUUGCGCGAGCCAAGCUUGUAACCAUCCAGAAGCGCAACCCUCCCGCUCUACCGGCACGUAACCCGGGAAGAACCCUUUCAACAGUGGCUACCCUUUCUGAGGCUCGUGAUUCGGGUCUUUUGGCCCUGAGUCUCGAUUCGGAGGCUGAUAUCCAUCACCAUUUGGCCAGGGAGGUUUCGAACGAAUCUAAUGGAGAGCAACGCCGUUCGUCCAGUCACUCGUCACAUACAUCCAAACACACUUCUACUUCGCCAAAGUCUGCAUCUCCUCUGUCCAAGUCCGUGUUCCUUGCAUCCCAGUCUUCGUCUGAGGCCGAUCUCGCCACCUCCAAACCUCCGUCUCCUGCCUCUCCCACGUCUCCUGCUUCUCCUACUUCUCCUGCCUCUCCUACAUCGCCUACCUCUAAGCCUAAAUCAGGUACUAAGAAGGAGGAGAAGCCAGUCGAAGAACCAUCUCUCACGACCGGCGCCUUUCCCUUAGAUGAGACGGAAGCCUAA